AUGUCCACUGUUUCCCGCAAAAUUAGCCUUUAUGAUUCCUUGCUGAUUGAGUACGACAAUAGUCAGACGACUCUUGUCGACUUCAAUUAUAAGGCAGAUCAGUGGAAAACCCAUUUUCGGUCGAGAAUUCCAAAUAGAAGACAGGCUAUUUCUCGAAACGAGACAAAUCAAGGGCUUCUGCCCUUACCUAAGAAACUACCAAAAGAAAUUCCGCAUCAAACUUCAAACGAAACCGAAAUUGAAAAAAUAGAAACGAAUAUUCCCGAGAAAAAACAUUAUAGUUUCCCUAAUUUUACAUUAUUAAAUCAACGAAAUUUCGAAACAUUACAUUCUGUGCACACACCACUACAGCAAAAGCAACAGCAGAAGCACCAACACGUUCAAAUCAUGCGCCAACAAACACAGCCAAUACAACGAAUGAAUUCCAUCGUUCAGAUCAACCCGAUGGUAAAUGUACAGAUGACGAAAACUCUUCAAAACCAACUUAUUCAUUAUCAAUUAUCCAGAAGCAAUUCAGGCAUAAUACAGCCAAAUCCUAUGCCAACAGAAGAGCAAAAACCUGCUGAUGAAGAUUCUGAUAAGAAUAUCACAUUCGAAGCUGAAGCUUUUUACCUGAAAGCAAAUACAAAGAAAGAACCGGAGCCACAACCGCAACCACAACAAGAUCCACGCUUGAUGCAGCCGCAGAUGAGACCUUCUGUUUCUAUACCUCAAUUUCAAGCACCAGCCCUUCAAUUUAAUCUUCCGCAAAAAAUAAUAAAUCAAUUUUACGCACAGCCAACAUACAGAACACCACCACCUCCACCACCAACUCCGGAAUCUCCUUACAUCAAUUCAGCGUUAUUACAUAACGAUUACGGCACAAUUGACCAAAAAUUAUUAAAUAUACCAUUAUCACUCGAUAGAUCGGACAAAUCCAUUACAUUUACAGAGCAACGUGAACAGACAAUCAAUGGAUUCGAGUUCCAAAGCUCUAAAAGCUUAGCUCCUUUAGAAUGGAACUCAAUUUCCUUCCAUUCCGAGAAAUACUACACGAGGCUCAAAGUUGCCAAGGAAAACAGAAUGCACCAGGCCGUACAACAUAGCGAUCCUGCAUUAAAUCUUGUCCUUAUCGAACCAAAUUUACGAGAUCUGGAGAAUUUCCAUCAUCCGCACGUCAACACCCUACCUAUUCUAGGUAUUACAUACACAGUUACCUGGAAACCAGACGAAAUUCCCGAUGACGACCCUGAUGCCCAGAUAUCUCCUUUCCUCAAAGACUUGGAUGACCUUUCCGGACGUCGUGGCGGUAUCAUUGUGGUCGAACACACUGUAGAAUACCCGCAGUUCAUCACAAAUGUCGGCAUGGCAUCUACAUUAGUUACAUUUUGGCACAAAGCACAUGCAAAUGACAAUCCAAGGACAUUUGACCAACAUAUACAGAUAUUAGAUCCAGAUCAUGCAUCUCCUUUCAUCGGAGAGAUCCCUAAGAACGAGCCUGUCCAAUGUUUAUCAUGUAACAUGUUCAAUGUUCCUGUUGCGAAACAUCCCGUUGAAUCAACAGACUUUUUAUUGGUCAGAUCACUUGAUGAACCUGUUUUCUAUCUGAGGAACAUCGAUGCGUGUUACUGCGCAGGUCUCUUGGAAGCCAGGACAAAAGUAAUGAGGCCAGGAACGAAAGACGCACAGAAAUUCAAUUUGAAUUUCAUCAAAGCUAUUUUGAUUAAUAUUUUCAGAGGUACGAAACAAUAUCCAGGAAGACACCAUAUACAAGUUCAGAAUGUUAUCAAAGAGUUCUUCCCUGACGUAAAUGAGCCAAAACUCAGAAACAUUUUGAAAGAUUUCGCUGAUUUCUACAGAGAACAAGGAAACGGUUUUUGGAGAAUUAAAGAGAAAAUUAAUUUGGAUGCUGAGUUCCAGAAGAUCGAUAUCACUCCAGAAGAUGUCUGUUCAUACCAAUCAAUGCUUGUUGGUCACUACCACUUGAAGAAAUCAGGUGUAAACAUUUUGAUAAGAUCAAAAAGAGUUUACCAACAAAUCCAAAAAUUGGAAGGUGAACUGACCAAAAAAGUGGCAGCAAGAAUUGAGAUUGAGUUGAUGAAAACACCAUGGGCAAGAACAGAGAACUUCGUUAAAGCGUUCGAAGGCCAAGCGAUGCAGAUCCAAAGAACAGAAGAUGGCCAACAAAUCAUGAGAUCGAAAUCUCGUCGUGAACAUGAUAAUUCAGCUGGAGCUCCUCAACCUGCACCAAAGAAACCUCUCGCAGGCACAAAAGCUGACUUAAGAGCUUUAACACUUAGAGAACUCCGCGAUAAACUCGUUUCUUUGGGUGUUCCAACAGGAGAAAUCGAGAGAUUAAGUAGAUGGAACCAAGUUGCACUUUUGAGAGAAUUGGCAAACAGCAAAGCACAAGAUGGCAAAGAAGAUAACAUCACGGAGAACUUCUCUCGUGGUCCAAGGAAUGAUAAUGCUGCGAUUGUACAGAGAUACAAGAAAGUUUACCAAGAAACAUUUUUGAAUAAUUUGAAUUUCAUCGCAAGUAACAAUACAAACUCCGCAACCGUAUCGUUCGAUGAUGGUAGAGUUCUCGAUGAUAUCGCCAUGCAAAUGAAUAGACAAGAUGAAGACGAAGAAGAGGAAGAAGAUAUAAAUGAUAAUAAUUUAACUCCUGAAAACCGCCAAGACCAGCCACAGACUACAAUUAUUUCAGGGGGUGACCCCCCUGAACUGGUUCCAUAUGGAUUGGCCACACAUCCUCUCAUGAUUAAUUGGCCGGAAUUAGGGUUCGGAGAUUGCCCUAAGAGGAAGGCUGCCAAGAUUAUCAAUGUAUCCCUCGACCAGAAUUUGAGGCCAGUGGUCUCUAUCCAGUGGAGAAGAACUCCUCAUCAAAUUGCUGAUCUUGAGAAGCUCGAAUCGCCAGUCAACAACGAACAGACGUCUAAGACAAUUACAAGGGCUGAGGAUAUCGAGGCUGUAAUGCUUAAAGAUCAGAGGAAGAAGCUAUUAGAUAAGAAACGCAGAACAAUGACAGCCCAGAGGAUAAAGAAGAACGACAAUACACCUGUACAAAGAUAUAUCCCUUACGACCAUCAGGUUUUGCUCGUUACCGAUCCAGAUGGACAAUUAUCUUUCCAAUUGGAGCCAGAAAUCAUCAAAAAGAUCGUGGAUGCUUCUACAAGAUACAACGAAUUUGCUGCAGCUAACGCUAAGUCGAGUUCUUCAUCCUCUUCGUCAAAGAAGAAAUCCGGAAGAUCUCAAGCCGUUGUCCUUGGAGAUAGCGAUGAAGAUGACGAUGAUAUUGCAGAGCCAACAGUUACGGUCGUUAGAUCAAGAAGAUCCAAGUCUCCUGUUACAAGAUUUAACGAAUUACUUCGUGAGGUCGUUAACAAGCUCAAAGGCGAUGGCAGAUGGGAAAUAUUCUACUACCCAGUUAGUAAGAAGGAAGUUCCUGACUACCACAAGAUUAUUAAGACUCCAAUGUGUCUCCAGGACAUAGAAAGGAACGUAAAGAACGAAGUCUACACAACUGUCGAUAAGUUCUACCAGGAAAUGUCCCAGAUCAGAAUAAACUGCAAGACUUACAACGAAGACAGAAAUCCUGACCUUUACAGAUAUGGUGAGCUAUUCUGGGAGACGUUCCUCGAGUACCUGAGAGAGAAUAGAGAGGAAAUCGAUACAGUUGCAAACGAAAUCGAUCCUGUUAUUAGAAAAUAA